GAGCAAAUAUAAAAUGAUUGCAUCAACCUCCCAAUGUGCCAAAUCUGGAAGAGGAACUCCAAUGUUUUCUCGUAGAGGGAAAUCAACUAUUCCGAAGCAUGGUUGCUUCUCGACAAAGGACAAUAGAGAAUUCGGAGAUUUCAGGCAAAAGAAAAAGAAAUUUAGUAAAGAGCCCAUUGUUACAGAUGAUAUUGACAAAAAGCAAAAGCAGAUUCAAGAAAUAGAAGAAGUCUUAAAGGAUAUGGAUGAAGAAAGAGAGAAGCGUAAACAAAAAGAAAUAGAGGAACAAAAUCAGUUAACAGAAAAAGAGAAAGAUAGGAUUAAAAAGAUAAAUAGAAUAAAAUAACGCAAAGCAGUGGUUCAAGAAAUCAAAGCAAAACCCCCCUGCUCCGAACCAAUACUUUAAAGACAUCUUCAGGAAAGUUAAUACGAAUCACUCAUCAUUAUUUGGAAAAGGGCCUAAGAGGCAAACUGACCCAUCAAUGCAUGGCUCUUUCUUCGUAGUUGAUAAAAGAAAGUCUAAGUUAUACAUUCUUCUCAAAAAGCAGAAAAGUAGGAAAUGUAUCAGAGAAGCAAGAAGCUAUUAUAGGAAAAGCAAUACUAAAGGGUUCAGAAAUAAAACAAAUUAUGUAGAGGAAUCUCCUGAACCAAAAAGUAACGCUUAUAGCUCAUCAAAGUCCAAGUAUAUAUCUCCUAGCAGGAUCAAUCUGUCCACUUCCAAGAGUAAUUAUACAUUAGCUACUUUUGGUGACUUGACAAAUCCUAAGCAAAGGAAUCAAUGUGAGAAAUAUUAUUACGACUCCAUGAAAUCUAUAAACGAAAGUCCAUCGGUUUCAGCAGAGGUCCAAUCAAUUACUUCUGGGCUUAAGGCUCAAAAGAAAAUAUGCCAACCACCUCAAAAAAUGAGGAAUAUAAAAUUAAUGGAAUAUGGCCAGAAUUUUUCAACUGGAAAGCACUCCAAUCAGAGAGACUUAAGCCCUCUUUCAAAAUUUCGGGCAAGUCCUUCAAGGUCAAUUAAGAGGCCUAAAACUGCACUUUUUCAUUCACAAAAGACUGAUAAAUCAGAGAGCAAAUUGUCUAAACUGUCAAUGAUCAAACAAAUAUCUCGUGAUCAGGCAAAUAAAUUAAUGCCUAACAGAACAGACCCUCAUGAGUCAAGAUUCAAGAUGAAAGACAUCGAGAAAGAGCUUAGUUACAAGUAUAGAAAUAACUGAAAUAUUUACAUCAAUUUUGGAAGCAUCCCGAAAAAUAACAGUCAAGAGAAGUUGCGAAGAAAAGAUGUUGAAAGAGGCAAAGCAAAUGAGCAAAAACUGUACUAUGAUAUUGACCUAGAAGCUUUGAAAUAAACCAAUAUCUGUUCCAAAUUUUGAGAAAUACAUGCCAAGAGAUGACAGAUUUUUAAUAAAUAAAUGACUUGAUACACCUUGAUAUGAUUUCUCAGAUGAAAUCUUAUACCUCAACUCUAAUAAAAUCAUCCCGAUGGAUAAGCAACUAAGUGAGGAAAAAGUAAAGAGAGGCAGAAGUGAAAUGGUAUAUUCAUCUCUGAAUAACUUCCAAUCAAAAAUGAAGAAGCUCCAUGGGUUCUUAGAAUCCAGUUUUAAGUAAAUAAACACUUAUCAAUUUUUAUACCUGAAA